UACACACAAAUGGCUGGAGCAUGUGGGUCUCUGUUCCCGCCUCGUGAAGAAUGCAUUUAUACGUCCUGUUAUUGUGAAGAAAAUGUGUGGAAGCUGUGCGAGCAUGUUCAAAGCAGAUACCCAGAUUUGAUUGAAGAUUGUUAUGCAGUUUUCAUUUCAAACCAAUUCAAAACAGUUCCGUUGUGGAUGCAAAAAGCUGCACAAAGUGCCGAUGUACCUGUUGUCUGGGAUUACCACGUAAUAUUAAUACAGAAAAGUAAUACUGGGAAUGCUGAAGUUUAUGAUCUUGACUCUGUCCUUGAAUUUCCGACCCCAUUCUUGGAUUAUUCCAGUCAAACAUUUCGUAAUGAGCAGUUAAAACAGCAGUAUCAUCGGAAAUUUAGAGUGAUCAGAGCUUCCGAAUACCUGGAAACUUUUGCGUCUGACAGGUCGCACAUGUUGAAGGAUGGGCAAUGGUUAGCACCCCCUCCCAUCUACCCGUGCAUUCAGACAAAAGAAUCAAUUAUGAAUUUGAACGACUUCAUCUCAGUAAAUCCCUCCUUUGGUGUUGGGGAAGUAAUGACACUUCAAGCUUUUAAUUUUCAUUUUUCUUGUGGUUAGUGAAGUUGCCAGAAAUGUUAAAAUUUACAUUAUAUAUACAUCUUUAUUUCAUACUGUUGCCAUCUAUUUACAUUGUAUGAAGACCUAUGCAUGUUAAAGUCUUAAUUUUGACUUCUUCCUGCAAUUGUAAAUGUAUUUACAUCAGUUUGUAUUGUAUUAUAUUGUAAUCGUUUUAAAUAAAGUCCUGUCUUUUAUUAAUCAUCAAAGAUGUAGAUUCUCCUGGGGCAUACCCUUCA